AUGGAUGUGAAGUUAGCCUAUCUAAAUGGAGUGUUGAAGGAGGACGUGUACGAGCAAUAUCCGUAUGAGCAUGUCUUGUACACAAAGAAAUCAGAAAAUGAUAUGAUGGUAGUCGUUCUCUAUGUCGACGACCUAAUAUUCACCGGAAUCAACACAAAAUUGAUUAAGGAGUUCAAGGAGGGGGGAAGUUUCCGGCAGGAAGCGGCGGAUCUUCCGGCGGAGGAGGUGGUAGAGGCGGCGGCGGGCAGUCUGGGCAGAAGAGUUGAUUUAGGAAAAGGAAAGGAAGUAAUGGGUGGGCAGUCAGGGCAGAGGAGGGAGACGGUAUUGGAGAUAGGCAGAGUAAGAUCAACGGCUAGAACUCUGUCGGAAGAGGAGUACGAGGAUGAAGACAUUGACGGCGGCGCCGUCGCCGGCAGGAAGAGGAAAAGACUGUUUAGACACUCGCGUCUUCCCAAUGAGUUACAAAGGCAGGAAUUGGGAAAUCGAUUGGGGCUCUCUCCACUACAAGUGAAAUUCUGGUUCCAGAAUAGAAGAACCCAAACUAAGGCCAUGAAUGAGCGUAAUGAAAUUUCAUCAAUGAGAAACGAAAUGGAAAUGGUGAAGGAAGAAAACAUCUUCCUUAGAGAAGCCAUUAGGAAAGCUCUCUGCCUUAACUGUGGAUUUCCAACUAUCGAUUCACAAGAUUUGAGGAUCCAAAACGCCCAACUUAUCACCGAGUUUGAAAAGCUAAAAGCGCUCAUGGGUGUGGAUAUAUCGGGUUCGUUGUCUGCUAGCGCAAAAAAGUUGUGUGUGCUAGGAAUAGAGGUGUCGAAGAUUAUGAAACUUGUUGAUCAAGCUAUCAACGAGCUUAUCAAUAUGGCAACAUUGAAAGAACCGUUUUGGUUGCGCGAUAUAGAAAAUGGUAGUGGCAUAAUAAAUAAUGUCGAGUAUGUUAGAAGGUUUCAGUUAGGGAACUCUACAAACGAGAGUCGUGGAAUGCGUAUCGAGGUUUCGAGGGAGAUUGUGACUGUCUUUGCUGACAUCACUAAGCUUGUUGAAUGUUUUAUGGACGUGAAUGAAUGGAAGGAUAUGUUUCCUAGCAUUAUAUCAAAGGCUACAAGUGUUGAUGUUAUUAGUGAUGGAAAAGAGAAUCAUAGAAAUGGUGAUGUUCAAUUGAUGUCCGCUGAAUAUCAGAUGCUCACUCCAACGGUUCCAACUAGAGAAGUGCACUUCAUUAGACAUUGCAAACAACUGAGUUCCAAGAAGUGGGUAAUUGUCGAUUUCUCCAUUGACAAUAAUAUUGAUGUUUCCGCAGUUAAAUUUAGGAAACGUCCAUCGGGUUGCAUUAUCGAGGAUAUAUCAGAUGACCAUUGCAAAGUAACGUGGAUUGAACAUUUGGAAUGUGAAAACUUCACUAUCCCAACAAAUUAUUCUGGAAUUAUUAGCGCAGCUUUUGGCGCUAGGCAUUGGGCUACGGCUCUACAACAACAAUGCGAGCGACUCUUCUAUAUGAUGACCACUAACUUUCCCACUUAUGAGUCAAAUGUUUAUGGAAACCGUACAGGAAUUGCGUCUGCGAUGGAAGAGAGGAAAAGUCUAAUGGUAUUGGCGCAUAAAAUGACAGCUAAUUUUUGUCGUUCAAUUGCGGUGUCAAGUCUCCAUAAAUUGACAAAGUUAACAAGCAAAAAUGAAUAUGACAUUAGGGUUUCUAUUAGGAGAAACUUAGAUGAUCCUAGAGAACCUAUUGGCGUGAUCCUUUGCGGAGUUACAUCUAUAUGGUUACCGGUCUCUCGACUUGUCUUAUCCGAUUAUCUUAGUGAUGAAAGUCGAAGACAUGAGUGGGAUGUUAUAUUGAAUGGAAAACCAGCUGAAUCCCUAGUAAACAUGACCAAAGGAGGCAACUCGGUUACAAUCCAAGGGAUUAAGGGGAAAGAAGACGACAUGAGGAUAAUGCAAGAUAGCUCGACUAAUGAAUUCGAAUCAAUGUUGGUUUUUGCAUCGUUGAGCAUGUCCUCACUACAAUCCAACUCUACACGUGGCAACUCGGGGGAAAUUGCCAUGCUUCCCUCGGGUUUUUCGAUUCUUCAAGAAGGGUUGGAGUCGAGGCCUAUGGUAUUCGAUUGUUGUUCGAUGGAUCAAGAGAAUAUGAUUAAAUCAACAGGGGCUGAAGAAGAAGAAGGAGGGCGUCGAGGAUGUCUUCUAACUCUAGCUUUUCAAAUUCUGGCUAGCAAUUCUCCAAUGGACGAACUGAGUAUGGAUUCAAUGGAGUCUGUUAAUAAGCUUGUUUCGCUCACGUUAAGAAACAUUAAGAAAAGCCUAAAGUGUGAGUGA